AUGUCUAUGUGGGAUGAUAUACCCACUACUCUGACAGUGUUUGGACCUCUCAGCUCCGAGGUGUCAGAUGGAGGAAAUCUAUUCACAAGGUUCUGGAAGAGGAAUAAAGAUGACUCUUCGUCAUCUUCACGUGGCAGCAGUCAGAAAUCCUCCCGUGAUCCAUCUGUGGACAGGGAGGUAAACAAGAGACGGGUCUCUGUCACACCAAGGGUAGACAACUCUGAGCUGACUGGCCCAAGUGGAGGUGUGACUGCCCCUUCUUCAGUGGUUACAGAGGCACAAGAAGACAGUUUGAGGGAAAGCUUGACAGAAGCUAGCAGUGAAGUGGAACAACAGCAUGGAGACGCUGACAGGACUCUCUCUAGUGUCCUCAACCGACUCAGCAACAUACUGGAGCGCCGUACCACGACUCCUCAGGCAUAUCGUGACAGUGAUUUCAAGCAGUUUUGGAUGCCAGACAGCAGCUGUAAGGAAUGUUAUGACUGUGGGGAUAAGUUUACGACAUUCCGCCGGCGUCAUCACUGUCGUAUCUGCGGCCAGAUAUUCUGCAGUGGUAUUCGUGUGUGUACUUACUGUGGGAAGGUGGCUAUGAGUGCCCUUCAGAAUGAACCCUCGACUGGUGACCUGAGGGUGGAGAGAGAGGACUUUCGUCUCUCUAUGGAAUACUCAGAUUCGGGGGGUCCUGCAGGUGCCAACAGUAUCUGGGGCUCUAGCAAGAAACAAGGAACUACAAACAAACUCAGGAGACACCUGUCAGUGACCAGCAGCACCACUAGUCUGGACCAGAUGGCCCCGUUUGAUCUCACACCUCAGAAUGAUUAUCAGAACUUUGAAAACCUCUACAUGGACAGGAAGUUUUUAGAGGACUCCAUCCAACUACGUGAACUAUGGAAACACAUUGCAGACCUUGACAAAGGGGUUGAGAUGCAGAGUCACAGAAUUCGUCUUCGCACCUAUCAUAAGUGCAUUGUGGGAAACAAACUUGUUGACUGGCUGAUUAAGAAUGACAGAGCUGUGAGACGUGUACAAGCAGUGGUGAUUGGCCAAGCAUUACUGGAUGCAGGGUAUUUAGAGCCAGCCAGUGGACAACAACCAUUAGUAUUUCAAGAUGACUUCACCUUAUACAAACCGUCUGAGACCUCUCCACUGGACCAACCUGAAGACUUCUUGCCAAGGGGAGAUGACUCUGGCAUUGAAAACACUGAACCUGAGUGGCUACAGCAAAUAGAGAUGGACAGUGAUGGUGAUUCAGUGUCAGAGGAACACACAGAGAAGUCAGAUUCAUUCCAGGCCUCAAAUGUCAGCCGCAGAAAUAAGGAUGUCACUUCACAGACCAGCUCCCGGGACAAAACUACAGGAGAUGAAGAGGAGAUAUUGGAUUUUGAACCCCUGCCCAGACAAGACAACCAUGGUAGUGGAGGACAAGAUGAUAUCAUCACAGAUUCAGUGUUUACAAGUUCACAGACACAGAGUGGAAGCCACUUAGUGAGUUCCUGUCGCGGUUGGCGCACACUAGAGCAAGUCAAGGAUGAAAAUGAUGAGAAAUCUUCUUUUGUCACACUUAAGUCAUUACACGAUGAACAUUUGCGUGGCCUUGUAAGUCAGAUGUUGUGUGACGAAGGCUUGUCCAAGUCCUGGAUGGACAUUGUCCUUGGAACUGCACAGAGGGUCAGCAGAUAUGUUCACCCCGAUAUCAAACAUUCUGGAGACCACAUGGACAUCAGGAGAUACAUCAAGUUUAAAAAGAUUCCGGGUGGAAACAAGGAGCAGACUUGUGUCAUUCAUGGCCUCAUAUUCACCAAGAACGUGGCUCACAAAAAGAUGGCGCAACAGCUGAGAGAUCCCACAAUUCUCCUGUUGAAAGGCUCUAUUGAAUACCAGCGAGUGGAGAGUAAAUUUUCGUCCCUGGAACCUCAGAUUCUUCAGGAAGAGGAAUUCCUGCGGAAAAACGUGUCCAAGAUAUCGUCCAUGAAGCCUAAGCCAGACAUUGUUGUGGUUGAGAAGUCAGUGUCCCGUCUCGCUCAGAACUUCCUUCUGGCCUGCGGGAUUACAUUGUUAUAUAAUGUCAAGCUGGCAGUGAUGGAGAGACUAGAAAGAUUUACCCAAGCAACCAUCAUCAGCUCUAUCGACGGAAUUGUUAGUGGUCCCAUCAACCUUGGUUUCUGUCAUAACUUCAAGGCUUGUAACUUCAGUCUACCCUCAGGUGAAAACAAGACAAUGCUUUGUUUUGAUGGCUGUGCCACUCACCUUGGCUGUACAAUUUCUCUGAGGGGAGGAUCAAGCAGUGAAUUAAAGCGGAUUAAGAAGAUCAUGCGACUCAUUAUAUAUGCAGCUUAUACUUCUCAACUAGAAAUCUCUCUUUGUAUGGAUGAGUUUGCCAUGCCGCCAGGUCAGUUAGAUGGUUCAUUACCUGUGGGUGUGACCAACAGCACAGACUCCACCCCCUCUGGUGAUGUGGACAUUGUAGAGAGCAUCAACAGUAGUGAUUCUAUUCACAAUUGGGUGGAGUCAACUAUUGCAGUGGAAGCAGCUAAUGAAGUUGUGGGAGUGGCUAAUCAAGAGAUGUGUGUUGCCAAUGAAAAUAUGGGUGUGACAGAGGAAAGUAUGGGCAUGGCAAAGGAAAAUAUGGGUGUGGCAAAGGAAAAUAUGGGCGUGGCAAAGGAAAAUAUGGGUGUGACAAAGGAAAAUAUGGGUGGAGGUUAUUGUACUGUUAAUGAUGGCAAUGGAAGUUCCAGUAUGGCCAGUGUAAAUGGCAACAAAAAUGAUGAGAAAAAUGAUAGAUACCCAGAGAUUGUGACACUUAAAAGCACAAAAGAUAGUGAGAAGGAGGCUGGAACUGUCAAUCAGAAUGACACUGACAUAUCGGAUGUGCAUGAAAGUGAAGUAGAUUCUGACACGGAAAAAGACUUGAAAACUUUGGUGGAGGAAGGAAAAAUAAAAUUUACUUUAGGGGACAUCAAUAGUGACAAUGAACAAUUUUCAGAGAAAAAUGAAAAUUUGGAUCCGAAAAUGGAUUUACUAAACAGCGAUAUUAUUGGUCGAAAAACUUCCUCAUCUGAGAUUAUUACAGACCAAUCAGAUCCUCUCCACAACUUCGAAAAAAAUCAAGAUGAUACAAUUUUUCAAAGUUCCAUUACACUUCAAGAGAAAUCUCAAAAGCGAUAUCAGAAAUUCAGAAAACUACUUAAUGAAGUAUUACUCAGUACAUCUCCCUUUGUGAAAUAUGACGUUCCUUUUCUGGAAUCAGAAUCUGGGAGUAAUUGCUGUUCCCGAAAGUAUUUUGCACAUAUUGAUGAGUUGUACUGGUCAUGUCGAUUUGACCCGGCUGGAUAUGAUAUCAGAAGGUCGCAGAAGUAUCAUGAAGGAGAGCAGCCUUCCAAACUGCCUAUGUCGUGGUCAGAUGUUGAAGUGGUGGAGGCACACCCCUUUAUUUUAUCAGAGCUGACCUCCAUGGACAAAAACACAACCGAAAGUAUGCUAGCUGACUUCCGUGCACGAGGAGGAAGGAUUGUCCUCAAGCCGACUUUGUCUGAUACUGUCUCUGGUCCUAGAGAUCCAUUUGACCAGAGCAACAGGAAUUGUUUAACUCAACAAAAUAAUACACGCGUAUUAACCUCUGGGAAAAAAGACAGAAGGCGAGACUGUCUGGAGUUCCAUCGACAUCAACGAUUGGCUGUUCUUCUCAGUAGUCACUCGGAAAAAUCAGCCAAUCAUCCAUUCCCCUGUCUACCUCCACAGAUUGUAACCAUGGAGUUUUAUGGUAACCAAGACAUCACUUUAGGCGGAUUCCUGGAGAAGUUCUGCUUUCGAGAGUCCUACUCUCUCCAGCCGUAUACCUGUCCCUCUGAGGCAUGCGAUGUCCCCAUGUUGGACCAUGUACGUAGGAUUGUACACAACGGUGGUGCCAUCUAUAUCUCACUGCGCAAGUUGAAGAACUGUGUCCCUGGAGGCGAGAGUGCCAUUAUGAUGUGGAAUUGGUGCAGAAAAUGCAGACAGGCCACACCGCUGAUGCCGAUGAGCCAGGACACGUGGAAUAUUUCCUUUGCUAAGUACCUAGAGCUUCACUUCUAUGGUAAUAGUUUCAUGCGCCGAGUGAAGUCAGAGACCUGUACACAUUCGUUACAUCAAACUUUCAGCCAGUACUUUGGACACAAAAAUAUUGUAGCAACUUUUAAGUAUUAUGGUAUCUCAAAGCUGGAGAUAGCUCUACCUCACUCUGUCAUUAACUUGGAGACCGGAUCCUACCAGCAACAUUUUACACGACUUAGGGAGGAGACCAAGCUUCUGGUCAGCAGAGGGACAGACACCUUCAGUACUGUGUUAGAAUAUGUAUUGAGGAUUAAUGCCGAGAGCCAGAAUGAGCUUUUGUCACGAAUGGUGGGAGAUUACAUAACAAUGAUACAGAGUGAUAAGAGUGACAUACACGACAAGGGACGCAGUAUCUUGGACAAACUUCAAACAUUGGAGAAAAGUCUCAAUAUCUGGGGUUCUACAGACAUCAGACAGAUAGACAAAGUGGGAGGAUUUUACUUGUUACAGGAUGACCUUGUCAGGAUCAAGAGGUCAUACUCAGACUCGAUCACCAACUGGAACAUCAAGCUACAAGAACUGUAUUCCCAACACAAGAAAAGACAAAUGGUCCUCACCAAGAAGGAGCGGGAGAUGAACACACUUAUAGGCGAUGAAAGUUCACUAGCUAAGUAUCCAAAAACAAGCUCGGCAUCAGAAGAUGGGAGUUAUCCCGGCACGGCCAGCCUAGUUGUUGCCAUGGAAACAAAACCCUCUGGUAAUGGAGGCACUGGAAGAUCUAGGCCGUUGACAAGUUCUCAUGGGUACACUUUAAGGAACUGGUACAGUUCCAUCCUGCCCCACGACCUUAAGGAACUGGCACAGUUCCAUCCAGCCUCACGACCUUAA